AUGGCGGCCUUGGAGGCGAGCGCGCUCAUGGACGACGAGCUCUUUGGUCCGCUGCUAGCGAUCACCAGCAGCGACAUGGACUCGGAGACCAUUCGAUCCACGCCCAAGCCGCUCGCCCUCUACGUUAUCUUGGCCGCCACGAAGACCGUAUCCAAGUGGCACUGCGAUACUCGUCGUUUGGCAGUAUCAUCAACCCACGUCAUGCAGAUGGACAACUUGAAUCUGCCGUUUGGCAACUCGGGUCUCGGGACCUACACCAAGUCGGUGCUGCGCACGUACUUUUGGCUCGACUGGCCACCGCGCUACAUGCCCUACACGUGUGUCUUGGCCGUGAUGACGCCACUGCGUCCUGUGCUACUUCGGUGGUCCAUUGCGUUUCUCGCUGUGCUCUCAUUGGCGUGGCUGCUCUGUCGUCCGUGCGUCCGGACACUUGUGACGCGUCGCUUGCAGGUCCUCCGCGAGGCGUAG